AUGUCACGCGCCUCGGCCGGCUUCGCGGACUUUUUCCCUACAGCACCGUCGGUUCUCUCACAGAAGCGCGUCCGGGUCGGAGAUCGGCGAGGCAAAGGGUUGGAUGGCGAGACACAGACGUCCGAUCUCCCAAUGCAAACCGCGCCCAGCGCAUCCGUGACGGGUGGGGCAUCCAAUAAUCCUGCUGGGCAAGGAAAUGCCAUUCGACCUCCAUUUGGUGCUGGGGGAGCAGAUUCAGCGGUCCCACCAGCCCCGACAGAGCUCAAUGGGGCGCUGCCGCCAACCAGCACCAACUCUCAUCCUCCAUCCCAAAUCGACACCCUAACCCCCUCUCACCAACGCCGAGUCAUCUCCACCGCGCAAAGUGACCGGCUCGCCUCAAAAGAUUAUAUUUGCAAGUCAUCCGUGACCCCCAUUCACACCCCGCCAACCCCCCAAUCGCAAACCCGCCAUGAAAUCGUGGUCAGAGGCUGUAAAGCCAUAUAUGAUCCGGAUCUGGACAAGCGGCCGUCCAAGGAGAAGCGUCGCAAGCCUGAAUUUGUCGAGAUCAUUGCACAUGGACCGGGCCCGCCCGAUCCCCGCUUGGCAAUUGCCAACUACACUCGCGGGUCAGGCUGCAAACAAAAGACCAAAUAUCGACCGACACCAUACACACUGAAGCAGUGGCCAUAUGACGCUGCGACAAGCAUCGGACCCGGCCCCCCGGUGCAGGUCGUCGUGACGGGCUUUGACCCUCUCACGCCCAUGGCUCCCAUUAGUGCACUUUUUUCCAGCUUUGGUGACAUCGCAGAGAUCAAUAACCGGACGGACCCGAUCACCGGGCGGUUUUUGGGGAUCUGCUCGAUCAAAUACAAAGACAGUGCCUCGUUCCGCGGCGGAGAGGCUAUCUUGGCCUCCAGUGCGGCGCGGCGGGCGUAUUUUGAGUGCAAGAAGGAGCAACGCAUUGGCACUCGUCGGAUCCGGGUCGAAUUAGAUCGAGAUGGGAUUGUGUCGGAACGCAUCGCCUCCAAAACGAUCGAGUCACAACGGUUGGCCUCCAAAACCGCCUCCGCCGCUGCCGCUGCUGCUGCUGCCGAGUCCAAAUCUGCCGAGCUUCAGGCCAAGAAGAAUGAACCGCCUCCAACGGCGCCCAAAGGCCCCGCCGGCCGACCUACCCUGCGCCCCGGGCUGCUCAUACCAGAAGGACCGCGAGCGGGUAUUCGGUCCCCAUCGGUGCAAUCCCUAGUGGAAGAAACCCCGAUCUUGAGUCAAAUCAAGCGCGACCCUUACAUUUUCAUUGCCCAUUGCUAUGUCCCGGUUCUCAGUACCACCGUUCCCCACCUCAAGAAAAGACUCAAGCUCUUUGACUACAAAACCAUUCGUUGCGACAAGACCGGCUACUACAUUAUAUUCCAGAACUCCCGCGGAGGUGAGGAGGAAACAGAACGUUGCUUUCGGCUAUGCCAUAUGAAGCCUCUGUUCACUUAUAUCAUGAAUAUGGAAAGCCAGCCCUACGGAAACCCCAAUUAUGUGCGCAGUCCGAGUCCCGAACGCCUUCGCGCCGAACAACGGGAAAAGGCUCACCAGGAGAGAGCAAGGAAGGAGGCUGAGCUGGAUGUGGAGGAAGAAAAGAAACAGCGUGCAAUAGACCUGGACCCUUGUCAAGAAGUUCUAGCAGUCAUCAUUCGGGACCUGAGGGACAAGCUACUUGAAGACGUCAAAUCUCGCAUUGCCGCGCCGACUUUAUACGAUUACCUCGACCCCAGCAGACAUGCAUCCAGACGAGAUAAAUUGGGAAUUCCCGGUCCAGAAGGCACCAAGCGACCAUCUUUCCGAAUCGGUGUGGAUAGUGCCUCUGGCACUCCGGACUCUCGAUCUGAACUAUCCAAUGCCCGUGAUCCACUCCGAUCAUCGAAUCUUAGCAUUCUGGCCCUUCCACGUAUUCGAAAGGCCCAUGGUCUCGAUCGUGCAGGUGCGGCCUUCGUGGACGAACGGCGCCGGCAGCCUUUACGGCCAAGGGAGGUUCGCCCACUCUAUCAUCGAUUGCAGCAGUUACAUGACGAUGAGGAUUCAGAUGAUGAUCAGCGGACUCCUCUGACGAGGUAUACCGAGGAGAGAAGCAGUCGUCCGCCCAGCCGCGCGAGUUCUGUUACGUCAGCUUCCGGGCAGGAUGAAGACUAUCAAUCAGAUACAUUGGAGUCCUUUGAUGAGAGCGGCGCUACAGCUGCGGAUGAUGCUUCACCCGAAGGGGCCGAAGGGGAAUCACUAUCCCCUCGAUCCCGGAAAAGGAAACGGUUGACAGGAGAACUGAAUUCUCGCAAACGGCAACGACAGGAUGACGAGCUCUUCGGUGUCGAGCCUUCAGAAGAAACUGCGGAGGGCGAACAUCCAAAGACCACGAGCGGUAUUGAUGUUGAUUUGGUUCAAGGGAAAGCAGAGCCAGUUGAGUCUCGCGGCCAAUUGCACCUACCAAACCAAUUGCCAAGAGAACAGUUAUCCGAGCUCAUCCCAGGCAAAGACUCCGUACCAGAUGACCUUACAGCCAGUGAGCCAUGGGAGACAGAGGUCCUUGAAAAACCGAGGACUGAGAUCAAAUGGGGAGUUUCCAAGCACGAACCCCGCGCGACAGUGGAAGACGAUGAAACCACUAUAUUGGAUCUAGAUGGUUGGCAACAAUUGAUCAAAGACAAAGAAGACAUGCGGUUCCUCCGAGAGAUCCUGCUCGACCAGUCGACUUCCAGUGUUGGAGACCUUCGCGCCUGGGCAUGGCGCCAGAAGGAGAUCAAGGCUCUCAAUCAUCUGAGCGCAAAGGGGCCCACUCGCGAUGUUAUUGGUAUCACGGGGUACUACGUGCCCAAUGCUACCGGUGCUGCGCGGACAGAAGGCCGAAAGAGAAUUCUUGAGGCCGAGAAAUCGAAGUAUCUCCCACACCGCAUCAAGGUCCAGAAAGCCAGGGAGGAACGUGAAGCCUUGGCCAAAGCUGAUCCUCAAGCCGCCGCGGCAGAGGCAGCCAGAAUUGCGGCAGCCAAGGUCAUCUCUAAGUCAUCAUCCCGAUCAACUCGCGUCAACAACCGCCGGCUCAUCGCCGAUAUCAAUGCCCAGAAGCAAGCUCUGCCCACGUCCAGCGGUGAGGGUGAUGUGCUCCGGUUCAAUCAACUCAAGAAACGGAAGAAGCCUGUUCGGUUUGCUAGGUCCGCCAUUCACAAUUGGGGAUUGUAUGCCGAAGAGAACAUCACUGCUAACGACAUGAUCAUCGAAUACGUCGGCGAAAAAGUGCGCCAGCAGGUGGCAGAUAUGCGAGAACGCCGAUAUCUCAAAAGCGGGAUUGGCAGUAGCUAUCUCUUCCGAAUUGAUGAGAACACGGUGAUCGAUGCUACCAAACGAGGCGGAAUCGCGCGGUUCAUCAACCAUAGCUGCACGCCCAACUGCACCGCUAAGAUCAUCAAGGUCGAUGGCAGCAAACGCAUCGUGAUUUACGCGCUCAGGGACAUUGAACGAGGUACGCAUUCAAUCGAAAUAGACGAGUCAAAAUGCGGCACACGCGAGACUCCCAUGGAAUAUACGCUGACCAAUAUCAAAUCUACAGAUGAGGAACUCACGUACGACUACAAGUUUGAACGAGAAUGGGACAGUGACGAUCGCAUUCCCUGUCUCUGUGGCUCAACCGGCUGCAAGGGUUUCCUCAAUUAG